AUGCCGGCGACAGAUUACCACCAUCACGAGUCAUCUUCCUCGUCGUCUUCCUCCCCCUCGAGCUUCGGGUUUUCGAUCCUCAGCCGGCGCCGGGACCAGGUCCACUCCAUGGACCCCACCCACGGCGGGCAAGACGCCGAGCUCGAGUCCUUCCAGCGUCAGGUGGCCGAGCGCUUUCACGACCUGGCCUCAUCCGACCCGGACGACCUCCUGUCCAUCGCCUGGGUCCAGAAGCUUCUAGAAGCCUUCCUCCUCUGCCAAGAACAGUUCAGGAUAAUCAUCCUCAACAACAGGGGCGCCUUCAACAAACCCCCCAUGGACCGCCAAAUUUCCGAUUUUUUCGAGAGGGCCGUAAAAGCCCUCGACGUGUGCAACGCCAUACGUGAUGGAAUCGAACAGAUCAGACAGUGGCACAAGUUAUUAGAAAUCGUUUUGUGCGCUUUGGAUUGUAAUAAUCAGAAGACUAUUGGGGAAGGCCAAUUUCGUCGUGCCAAGAAAGCCUUAGUCGAGCUAGCCCUCUCCAUGAUCGACGAGAAAGAAUCAUCUUCAUCAAACCCGAAUUCGAAUUCCCACCGAAACCGAUCCUUCGGUCGCCACCAGCAAAAGGAGCCCAAAUCAUCGAACAAUUUGGGCCAUUUCAGGUCCCUUUCAUGGAGCGUUUCAAGAUCUUGGUCAGCUGCCCGACAGCUGCAGGCAAUCGGGAAUAAUUUAGUUGCCCCACGGCCAAACGAGACCGCCUUAACCGGCGGGCUCAAUGUAGCUGUCUUUACAAUGAACUAUGUUCUCUUGUUUGUGAUGUGGGCCCUAGUGGCCGCUAUCCCUUGCCAGGAUCGCGGGCUGCAGGCCCAUUUCUACGUGGGGAGGCAGUUUGUGUGGGCUGGCCCGAUUCUCUUGCUGCACGAGAGGAUUUUGGAGGAGUCGAAAAAGAGGGAGAGGAGGAAUACGUGUGGGCUUUUGAGGGAGAUUCGGGACGUGGAGAAGUGUGCGCGUUUGAUGAAUGAGAUGACCGAUUUUGUGGAUUUCCCGUUGAGAGAGGAGAAGGAGAGGGAGGUCCGGACGAGGGUUCGCGAGGUUGGUUUGGUUUAUAAUGGGAUUAAGGAAGGUUUGGAGCCGCUUGAACGUUUGGUUCGGGAGGUUUUUCAUAGGAUUGUGCGGGUUAGAACAGACGGGCUUGAUUCGAGUGGGCGGGUUAAUGGCUAA